UCUUCUCAAAGCAAUUCCCUCGCGAUUCUUACAAUCUCUCUCUCUCUCUCUCUCUCUCUCUACAAGUAACUUUCUUCUUCCUCCUCUUUCCAUCUCUCAAACCGCCAAAAAACAAAAAUCACAUUUUGUCACAAAUUAUGCUUCGUCUCUGUAACAGAACACGUCGUUGUAUUCGCUUCUCUCUCCUCCGCCGUACCUUCUCAUCUCCGCCUUCUUCUUCAGCCUCACCACGACGCCACCCCGAAGUAAAUUCCGUCCAAUGCCCAAAGGAUCUCAACAAUCCCCAACGUGUCCCUUCACCGCCAAUCCUCCACCACCACCCCACCUCUCUCUCUCUUCUCCCUUCUUCUUCUCUCUCUCGCAGCUCUGCCCUCGCCAUCUCCGCAACCCUAAUCUCCGCCAUCGUCGCCUCUUACGCCCUAAUUUCAACGAACCCCAACGACGAAUCGAAACCAAGAUCGUAUCGUAUUUAUGACGAUCUCGAUCACGCAAUUGAACGGUACAAUGAGAGUUUCAAGAAGAUAGUCAACCGGAUGAAGCAGACCGGAGUCGCGGCCUCUGUGUUGUGGCAGUCGUUGAGGUCGGUGCUUUCUUCGGCGAACCACGGGGUUCGGUCCGGGUUCGAGCUUAGGGUUGCGGCGCUUCUCGCGGACAUUGCGGCCGCCAAUGCGAGCCGGAGGGCGGCGAUAGUAGGUGCUGGUGGCGGUGCGGUGUUGGAUUGGCUUCUCGAGACGGUGGCUACCUCGGGGGACAAUUGUGGGACACAGGCGGAGGCUGCGAGGGCAUUGGCUUACUUGAUUGCUGAUCCGAAUGUGUGUGAAAUGAUUCUUGGGAGGCCUCACGCUGUUCCCAACCUUCUCAGGUUUAUUUUCACUACUCAGCCUCAGAAAACAAAAAAGCAACCAAGACGUAGUUCAUUCGAUGUUUCUGAUUCUUUGAAAGGUAGAAGCAUGCUUGUCGCUGCUAUCAUGGACAUCGUCACUGAGAGCUUAGACAAGGUAUCAUUUAAACCAUUACUGCCAGAACAUGCUGAAAUGAGAGAUAUCGCAGCAGCCAUUCAAGUCAUUGAGGAAGGUGGGAUGCAUUUGGAUGAGUCACAUGGAGCUGAGGAUGAUGAAAAUGGUGGGAAAGGAAUGAGGGGGAUUGGAAUAAAAAUUCUUGGAGGUACAACAGUUGUAGGGCUUUCACGAACUAACGGAAUGAUGGAAUUGGAGUCUUCUGGUGUCAAUGACUCAGAUUCAGUUAAAUAUACUCCUAAAAACCUUUUGUUUAACAAAAUAAAUAAUACUCCGCAAGCACCGGAUGUUGUUCCUGGACUUUGGGAUGAUUUGCAUUGUCAACAUGUUGCAGUACCUUUUGCGACAUGGGCAUUAGCAAAUUGGGCAAUGGCAUCAGAGGCGAAUAGAUCUCAUAUUAAUGAACUAGAUCAGGAUGGUUGUGCUGUCAUGACUGCUUUAAUGGCACCUGAGAGAUCUGUGAAAUGGCAUGGGAGUUUGGUGGCUCGGUUGCUGUUAGAGGACCACAGUUUACCCUUAAAUGAUUCUGUUUCUGAUUGGAGUUCCAGUCUUCUUUCUACCGUUUCUCAAGCAAGUAAGACAGAAGACAUCCCUUUGACUCAGGUGGCUUUGUCUGCAUUUUUAGUUUCUAUUGAGAGAUGCCCUGUGGCAAAGAAGGUCAUAAUGGAGAAGGGCCUUAAUCUGAUGAGAGAAACUGCUAAAAGAAUGACAAAGCAUAAGAAUGUGCAAGAAGCAUUAGCAAAGGCCUUAGAAUCGCUCUCUACCGGGGACAUGCAUUUAUCUUUUGAAGAAAGUCAAAAGUGGUCAGGUAUUUUGCUUCAUUGGAUAUUUGGAAAAUUCUCCUCUGAUGCUAUACGAUCUUCAGCUAUAAAAAUCCUUUCACGCAUUCUUGAAGACCAUGGGCCAUCUUCCAUACCAAUUUCCCAAGGAUGGCUGGCUAUUUUACUUUCUGAUAUUCUGAAGACAACAUCAACCAAAGGAACUCAACCUAAAAAUGACAAAGUGAAGACGAAAGUAGAUCAAACAAAUAUACUUUCUGCUGCACAGACUGCUAAUCUGUUGGCGAGUGCUGUAGUUAAUCUAGCAGUAAAUCAGCUGGGAGCACCCACUGAUAGUGCUGAUGCAUACCCUCUAGCAGAUCUUCUUGCUCUUGAACCCUUUGCUGGACCAUUCAAAAACCUGAAGAAAGAUAAUCUGCCUAAAAUUGAUGCUGCGGAUUCUGCAUUGGCUACCCUUAAAGGUAUCAAAGCACUGACAGAAGUCUGUGCUGAAGAUUCUCUAUGUCAAAACAAAAUAGCUGAUUUUGGGGUUCUGUGUUUGCUGAGGCGUUUUUUGUUGCGAGAUGAUUAUGAGCAAUUGGCUGCAAACGAAGCAUAUGAUGCAUCAAGAGCACUAGAGUCACAAGAGCGGGUCACUAGUGUUCCUGGUAAAUCUUCUGUUGUAGAUACUAAUGAUCCGUCUAGCGUCCGAGUUCCACCUACUGGUCACAUUAGAAGGCAUGCAGCUCGGUUGCUAACUAUUCUUUCAGUCCUCCCAAAGGUUCAAAAAAUGAUUGUAGCAGAUGAUACAUGGUGUAAAUGGCUUGAGGAUUGUGCUAAUGGGAGGAUCCAAGGUUGCAAUGAUGCUAAAAUUCAAAGUUAUGCCAGAGCAACACUGCUGAAUGUGUUUUGCAAUGACCAAUUUGACCUGAGCUCUGGAAAUGAUAAUAUUCAUGAUACUGACCUUGUGAACCAAAACCGUAGUUGCCCUUAUUUUGCUGACAUGAUAUUUUUAAUUAAUCCCGAACUUUCACAUUGGAAGUGUCCUGCAAAAAUAAAUGCUGACACUGAUUUUAGAAUGCCAACAAAGAAGCCAAACUCUGUUGAUAAAUCAUCACCUAGUGAUGAUGAUUCUGUUGAGAAUGAGGAUAUAUCUGCAACCAGUGAUGGAAAUGGUAAAAACUUGUGUGCUUGUACGCAUAGAUCUGAGAGUUGUUCACAGUCUGAAGUUCCUUUACUGGAUGUUGUCUUUGUUCAUGGCCUGCGUGGUGGGCCUUUUAAGACAUGGCGCUUAGCCGAGGACAAGGAAUCAACUAAGUCUGGUCUUGUAGAGAAGAUUGAUGAGGAGGCAGGGAAGCAAGGUACAUUCUGGCCUGGAGAAUGGCUUUCAGCUGAUUUCCCUCGUGCCCGCUUGUUCUCUAUAAAGUACAAGAGUAAUCUUACACAGUGGUCUGGAGCUAGUUUGCCUCUUCAGGAAGUCAGCUCCAUGCUGUUAGAGAAGCUUGUUGAUGCUGGCAUCGGUAAUCGACCUGUUGUUUUCGUGACCCAUAGCAUGGGAGGCCUGGUUGUCAAGCAGAUGCUAAAUCAAGCAAAAGCAGAAAAUAAGGAUAACCUUGUUAACAACACCAUUGGACUUGUGUUCUAUAGUUGUCCACAUUUCGGCAGCAAGCUUGCAGACAUGCCUUGGCGAAUGGGCCUUGUGUUUCGCCCUGCCCCCACUAUAGGGGAGCUAAGAAGUGGAUCUCCAAGACUAGUAGAGCUCAACGACUUCAUUCGUCACCUUUACAAGAAGGGGCUGCUUGAGGUGCUCAGUUUCUGUGAGACCAAGGUAACUCCGAUUGUUGAAGGUUAUGGAGGAUGGGCCUUCCGAAUGGAAAUUGUACCUAUUGAAUCAGCAUACCCUGGAUUUGGUGAACUUGUUCAUCAAGUGGCCUAUCUCUCUGUACUGUUUUAAAUCCUUUCUCCAGGGAAUUCUCUGAUCUGAUAGCCAUUCUAAUCCAUUGUCCUAGUCCUUGAUGAUUGAAUUGUGAUGUUAGGAGGAUGUGAGAUAUUUUAUUACCAUGGGAUCAUUUAAUCAAGAUUUCAUACACGCGUCUCUCAUGGGUGUAUUCACCACUAUUUUUCUGUCAUGGUUGCAUGAAAUGCCUUAUUUUCCAGCUACAAAUGGAAGAUCUGUAAGGAUGUAAAACCAUAUAUUUUCUAGCAUCCUAUUUAUAGAAGGAAUAGGUAAUUACCUAGUGGCCUAGUUGGUAGAGUGCCCAGCUCCCCGAGCGGAUGUGCCCGUGUUUGAGUCCCCCCUCCCCUAGUUUGCCAGGGGAUAAAAAAAAUUUAUAGAAGGAAUAGGCUGCAGAUAUCAAUCUUUGGGAACAAUUAGGAAUCGUGGUAGUGUUAUCGAGAUGGAUUCGCUGGCUCUCUUUUUAGUUGUGGUAUUUUAGCUUCAAGUAAUUGGUGUUUUGAACAAAUAGGAAUUUGUAGGCCUUUCAUGGUUCUUGCUGAACAUGCAUCUUACCUUGUUUAUUUAUUAUGUGUGUGUAUAUUUUAACUUACAUUGUCCAUUUUUAU